ACUCAUAAACAUUUUCUGCUAGCUUUCCCCCUCUUCCCAACUGAAACCUCCUUUCUUCUCAGCCCUUUUAAGAAGAAUAACCUAAGUUUCUUACAACAUGUAAUCCUUAGUUCAUACUUCUUCUAUCUGUUUCUUUUGUUUCAUUUAUAAAUAACAAUUGUCUCUCUUUCUGUUGUCUAAAAUUGAACUUGGUGAUGAUGCCUUUUGUACAUGAUUUACACGUACUUGUUUUUGUCUGUCGGAGGAUGACAACAUUUAUGUUGGCAUUGCUAGCAUGUCUAGCAGUAUUUUGUACAACUCAUGUUCUCGGGGCCAAGGAUGAUUUGUACAUCAAUAGAACAAUACUCAAAAGUGCAACCGCCCAAGGUGCAGUAUGUCUAGAUGGAAGUCCACCAGCGUAUCAUCUGGACAGGGGACAUGGUACCGGACUUCGCAGCUGGAUUAUCUACUUGGAUGGAGGUGGUUGGUGCGACAGUAUCCCGGAUUGUCUUAAUCGUUCAACUAUGUACUUAGGUUCAACCAAGAAGAUGGGUCAAAAAGGUCUUUUCGCUGGGAUACUUCAUAAUACUUCCCAACAAAAUCCAGAGUUUUACAAUUGGAACAGGGUGAGGGUGAAGUAUUGUGAUGGUUCGUCUUUCACAAGUGACGUUGAACAAGUUGACUCUGACAACAAGUUGUAUUUUAGAGGGGCAAGAAUAUUUAAGGCUGUUAUGGAAGAUUUAUGGAGCAAAGGAAUGAAAAAUGCUGAAAAUGCAAUUCUAUCGGGAAUAUCAGCAGGAGGAUUAGCAACAAUUUUGAACUGCGAUAAGUUUAAAUGCCUCAUUCCAGAGAAUGCCCGAGUUAAGUGUAUUGCCGAUGCUGGCUUCUUUAUCAAUGGGAAAACAAUCUAUGGUACUUCAUAUAUCCAAGAGAUGUAUCGGAGAAUUGUUAACCUACAUGGAUCAGCUAAGAAUUUACCCUUAGCUUGCACGGCUUCAAUGGAACCAAGUUUGUGUUUUUUCCCUCAAAAUGUUGUUCCAUUUGUUCAGACUCCACUUUUCAUAAUCAAUUCAAUCUAUGAUUACUGGCAGAUUAAUAACACUUUGAUUCCUCCAUACCUUGAUCCUCAACAUGCCUGGAAAGAUUGCAUCUGUCACAUAAAUAAUUGCACAUUUGGCCAACGUAUAGUUAUUCAAGCCUUUGGAGUGGAGUUCUUGAAGACGUUCGAGGAACUACCCCCUUCUUUAACGAGGGGUUAUUUCCUCACGUCUUGCUAUUCACACGGUGGAAUUCUUUCACCGGCCUACUGGUCCAACAAUGCUAGACCUCUAACGUUACUUAAUAAGACGAUCAAUGAAGCUGUGGCGGAUUGGUAUUUUGAGAGAGAAGGAUCUCAAUAUAUUGACCCGCACCCGUAUGUUAGAGACUGCAAGUUAGUGAAAUUAUGUAAUGAAUAAUCUUGCUGAUGUAGUACCUGCUGCUUAUUCGGUGGUACGUAGCUGUUGAUCAGGAGUAGCCGGCUGCCGGCUGCUGGCUGUUGGAGAAAAAAAAAAUGUUUUUACGUUUUGCAUUAAGUCCUAUUAGAUUUAAUUAUUCAGUAUUAUAUAUAUCAUUUAGUUUACAAGUUAUCCUUCAGAAUUGCAUGAGGGUGCAUUAGUAUUUCUGAAAUUUUCAUUUACAAAUAGCUGUAGGUGGGGGCUAGAUCCAAA